AUGGAGCCGCGUGUCGGCAACAAGUUUCGUCUCGGUCGCAAGAUCGGUAGCGGAUCCUUUGGAGAGAUCUAUCUCGGUACUAAUAUUCAGACCAACGAGGAGGUUGCAAUUAAGCUUGAAAAUGUCAAGACAAGGCAUCCGCAAUUGCUGUAUGAAUCUAAAUUGUACAAAAUACUGCAGGGUGGAACUGGAAUUCCGAAUGUCAAAUGGUUUGGUGUUGAAGGCGAUUACAAUGUCCUGGUCAUGGAUUUACUGGGACCGAGUCUUGAGGAUCUGUUCAACUUUUGCAGUAGGAAGCUGUCUCUGAAGACUGUACUCAUGCUUGCAGAUCAGAUGAUCAAUCGAGUUGAAUUUGUUCAUUCCAAGUCCUUUCUUCAUCGAGACAUCAAGCCAGAUAACUUCCUCAUGGGAUUAGGGAGGCGUGCAAAUCAGGUCUAUUGCAUUGACUUUGGUCUGGCAAAGAAGUAUAGAGACACUUCAACACAUCAACACAUUCCUUACAGAGAGAAUAAAAAUUUGACUGGAACUGCAAGAUAUGCUAGCAUGAACACUCACCUUGGCAUUGAGCAAAGCCGCAGGGAUGAUUUAGAAUCACUUGGAUAUGUUCUUAUGUAUUUCUUGAGGGGAAGUCUUCCGUGGCAGGGGCUUAAAGCUGGUACAAAGAAGCAAAAAUAUGAAAAAAUUAGUGAAAAGAAAGUGUCAACUUCUAUUGAGGCCUUAUGUCGGGGUUAUCCUACGGAAUUUGCAUCCUACUUCCAUUACUGUCGCUCACUUCGUUUUGAUGAUAAACCAGAUUAUGCUUACCUGAAACGACUCUUCCGUGAUCUUUUUAUUCGUGAAGGUUUCCAGUUUGACUAUGUUUUUGAUUGGACGAUUUUGAAAUAUCAGCAAUCACAGAUUGCUAAUCCUCCUACUCGUGCACAUGGCCCUGGUGCUGGACCAAGCUCUGGCAUUCCUCCUCCUGUUGGUAAUAAAGUUGAUAGGCUGUCAGGUGGGGAAGAAGGUAGACCUGGUUGGUCUUCAACAGAUCAUGCUCGAAGGAGAAACUCUGGACCUAUUGUGAAUUCUGGAAAUUUGUCAAAACAAAAGGGCCCUGUUACAAAUGAUGUAUCUUUAUCAAAAGAUGCCACGGUGCUUGGCCCUGUGCAGUUGUCCAGCUCAAAUUUUUUGCGAUCUAGUGUAUCAUCAAGGCAUCCGGUUGUCUCCAGUAGUCGUGGUGCAGCCGUUGGGAAUGAUUCUGAUCCUUCUCGUCCUCGCACAGCCGAUGCAAGCUUUGCAGUGCUUCAGAAUGGUCAAAGAAGUUUGCCUGGUUUAUCUUCAGAGCAGAAGCACUCAUCUUCUGGUAGAAAUACCAACAUAAAGACUUUGGAGUCGACUCUUAGGGGCAUUGAGAGUUUGCACGUCAAUGUUGAUGGAAGGUUACAUCAUUAG